CAAAUAUGUCAACAUAUCUUAUUGUAAACUUUGAUUGUGUGAGUAGUUAAAAAAACCGCACCAGAUUAAAAUGGCAGAUGAAGCUAUAUACAGAAGAAAAUCACAGUUAUUUUUAAAUAACAUCGCCCCCGUUAAAAAUACCUACGAUGAAUUGGUUAAGAAGAAAUUAAAAGGAGGGAAGUUUCCUGGAACUAAAACGGGCAUAAUUAAAAUAAUAGGAAUGCUGGUUCUACUAUUUGCGGUUGUCUUCUUCUUAGUUGAACCGUUUUGUGAUAACACCCCAUCUUGGUAUCCUUAUCUAUUACCAUUAAGCUGUUCAGUCACUAUCCUAACCCAAUUUGUAUUAUUCAUAUUUUUUUCUAUGGGCCGUACCGUUACCAGACCCGGAUUUUGGAUAUAUUUAGAUAUAGGAACUGUUUUAUUAUUAUCUAUUACUUCUGUUAUUUGUUCCGUACUUACUUCUAUUGCGUGUCAGGGCAGUAAUGAUGAAAAAAUAGGCCCGAGUUGUGGUAUGGCGGGAAGUGUAGUUUUGAUAAUUAGUUGUGGAUCUAUAUUUCUAAUGUUCCGCUAUGUGGAGGACGAGCAAAUCUCAUACACAAACGACAAAUCCGAAUCAACUUUUACUGAAAAUACAAGCCGGAGAAAAUCGAUGCACGUUUAAACAUUGACGAAUUGCAAAUAAAAAAUAAUUGUUGAUUGUUAAUUGAAAUAUAUAUUUAAUGUUCUUGAUUUUAGGUCUGUUCUGUUUCGAAAUUAUUUUUUUUUUAAAUAAAUUUUGGAAGAAAGAUAAAA